AUGCGCAUUCCCUACGCCCCCACCUCCCCCAUAGACCCCACGCCCGAGAACGAAGCCAUCUACCAACGCAUCCGCGACCGCCGCAACCUGCGCCCCCUCAUCCCCCUCGACCUCGCCCUCCUCCACAACCCGGACAUCGCAGACGGCUACAGCAAGUUCGUCGGGGCCAUCCGGUCCAAAUCCUCCGUUCCCUUGCCACUAGCCGAACUGGCCAUCUGCUACGUCGCAGUCCUCAACAAGGCCACCUACGAAUGGACGGCCCAUGCACCCAUCUGUCUCAAAGCGGGGACGAAGCGGGACGUUCUGGAACUGUUGUUGGAAGCAGGCAGUGAUAUCGCGGCGGUGCAGAAGGCGAGUGUGUUGAGUGAGGUGGAGAAAUUGGUGUUGGCGUUCACGUACCAGAGUACCAAGGAGAUUGUGAUUCAGGAGGAUGUGAUGGAGGAGUUGAAGCGGGAGUUUACGGAUCAGCAGGUCAUGGAGUUGACGAUUACCGUCGGGGCGUAUAAUAUGGUUAGUCGCUUUCUGGUCGGGUUGGACGUGACGGAGAGUAAUGGGAGGGCGAUGGAGAUGCCGAAGGAAGCAUGA